AUGGAGGAGAAGAAAGGAGGAUCCAAGUCGAACGUUGCAAUCAUUAAUCCCGAUCUGGGCAUCGUUACUGUAUAUGGUGCCAUCCAACCCCGACAUAUAUUCUAUCGACUCCAUGCUUUGUGUGCAUAUAUACGGUGCCUUUCUGUUGCUCUCUGCAUGCUGUUCAUGUGGCCAUCGUUUGAUGUAAUACUAGCAGAUCAGGUUUCUGUUGUCAUCCCACUGCUGAGGCUUAAGAAGGCAACAAAGCUAAACUGCCCACGUGGGCUGUGCAUCUGUGUUUGUGCUUUAUGGGCAGUUUCUGCACUAUGGGCAGCGAGGACUCCACCUUCAUUUAUAUUUAGUUUAAUGCAUGCGUGUACGUAUCCAAUGUAUAAAACAAUGCUGCCAUUGCAGCAGUAUGAAUAUACAGAAAUAUCAAACUUAACAUGGUAUCAGAGCGCAGCGACAUCUGCUACUGCAGCAACCAGUGCACUGCAAGCUGCACACUCGCUGCCUUGCCGUCGCAAAACCGCUACACAGCCAUCGUCGCUGCUCUACCUGUCACAGCCAUUAAGCACAGCCGCAAAGCACAGCCACUGCACACUGUCUGUGAACAUGGCAACUGACUCUUCCAGCAAACACACCAAAUACGAAGAUCCCAGCGAUCCUCUUUAUCUUCAUCACUCCGAUCAGCCUGGAGCGAUUCUCGUCACACAACCAUUGAAUGACGAAAAUUACUCCACUUGGAGCCGAGCCAUGACCAUGGCCCUCAAUGCCAAGAACAAGGAAGGAUUCAUCAAUGGAACCAUUCAAAGGCCUGAGUUGACGUCCACAAUUGAAUACCAACAGUGGACUCGUUGCAACAACCUCGUGAAAUCUUGGCUGCUCAACUCUGUCUCAAAAGAUAUUGGUGAAAGUGUCAUCUACAACAAUGUUGCAGCUGAUAUUUGGAAUGAGUUGAAGGAACGCUUCUCUCACACAAACAGUGUCCAUCUCUUCCAUAUCGAACAAGAGAUACAUGGAAGUGUUCAAGGAAAUUUGAACAUUGGUGCAUAUUAUACCAAACUGAAAAGUUUUUGGGAUGAACGUGAUGCCUUGUGCGCUCUCCCAACCUGUGCAUGUGGAGCUGCGAAAGAAUUGAUGCAGUUUCAGCAAAGUCAGAAAACCAUGAAGUUUCUCAUGGGUCUCAAUGAAUCCUACGCUGCAGUUCGUGGGCAACUCUUACUUAUGGAUCCUCUCCCUGCUGUCAACAAAGCUUUCUCACUCAUUAUUCAAGAUGAGAAACAGAGAGCAGUCUCAAUACAUGCUCCUGGAAGGUCUUCAAUCACUGAUGCCGCAGCUUUCGCCGUGCGGGACAACAUGCGAAACUCUGGUAGGAAUUUUUCUCCUAGAAAUUCCCAUUUAAAAUGUGGCCGUUGUGAUGCAACCGGACAUACUUCAGAAACCUGUCGUGCACACCUCAAGUGCGACUACUGUAAUUGGAGAGGUCACACCAUAGACCAAUGCCGCAAAUUGAAAAAGGCAAAGGACAACAGCAGCGAUAAGGGAGAUUAUCAAGAUCGCAGGGGUUCCAACUCGCAGGGGUUCAACUCCAAGGCUAAUCACGUUGACAUCAAACCAACGCCUCCAGCAACAUCUCCUUCAUCCUACAGCCUUACUCCCGAGCAAUACCACAACCUGCUUGCACUACUUGAUAAGAGCCAGUCUAAAUCCACAUCUAACCAUGUCGGUACCACCUCUACUAUGAAUGAUUUAUCAGGUAGAGUUCUUUGUGCUUCUCCUCUCAAUAAGGGAAGGAACUGGAUUUUCGAUACUGGCGCCACAGACCACAUGGUUUGCUCACCAAGUUUGAUGACCACAAGCGUUCCGCAAAAUCACUAA